AGUGUGAACAAAAGAUCAAAGACCUACCUAAAUCCUAUUUCUGCAAUUUUAUACCACUAGAACACAUUGAACAUAUACCAAAGAAUAUGGCAGUGAUAACAUUGACUUAUUUCCUUAACACCAUUCGCGGGGAAGCCCCAAAUUUAAAUAAUGGCCAGCCUUCAAACCCAAAGCUGACUCCUCUCCUUUCUGUUCCAAAGCCAUCUUGGGUCGUCAGAACUGAGUCUAAUGUUCGCAAAGCAAGAAGAAAGCAGCCAGAUCCUCCUUGUGUUGUCUGUAAAGGAAGUGGCAGAGUUGAGUGCUACCAUUGCCAUGGCAGAGGGAGGACUAACUUUGUGGACCUAGAUAUGCUUCCAAGAGGAGAAUGGCCAAAAUGGUGCAAGACUUGUGGUGGAAGUGGGCUUGGCUACUGUUCUCGUUGCCUUGGAACGGGUGAAUACCGGUAUAUAAUGGGAUUCUCUUUCAUGAGACGGGAAACUGAUGACCCUGAAGGUAGAUAUUAGUCAAGCUGACAUUGAAAUAGGGACAAGUAGUCCGUCAAUCUGCUUCUAAGAAGUUAGUUAUUGGAAUUCAAUCUAGAUAGGUGAUGAUCUGGCUUGUUUGGACCUUUUUGCUGCAGUUUGAACCAAACUGCGGAUUGAUGUUUCCUGGAAGAGCUUCAAACUGCGGAAUGAUGUUUCCAGGAUGAUCAAGGUUGAAGCUAUACCUAGUGCAGGCACUGGAGCUUAUUUAAUUGGAAUAACUAGAGUGCUACAAAAUGCAAUUAUUAAAAAGAGAUGAACAUAGUGAAAUGAUAUUUGUGUAGUUAACCUGCUGCUAGAGCUCCACCAUUAGGGUGAUAGCUUUGCUAUAUUCUUGUAAACAUUGUCUCAGGUGUAUCUGUCGACUUUUGGAACUGUGGCUGGAAAUAUUCCCUAUAUGUGGAAAAUCAAGUUACAAUAUACUA